AUGAUCAAAUCAGUUCUCAUCUUCAACAAUCACGGCAAGGCGCGUUUGAUCAAGUUUUACCAACAAAUCGCAAGUGACAUUGCCACUCAGCAAGCGCUAGUCCAAGAGAUCUUUUCGCUGGUGUCUAAGAGACCCGACACAGUAUGCAAUUUCCUUGAAGGAAGUAAACUCUUGGGUGGAAAAGAUACCAGAGUUAUAUACCGUCACUAUGCAACACUCUAUUUUGUGUUCGUUGUGGAUGAGAGUGAGAGCGAACUUGGCAUACUUGAUUUGAUCCAAGUAUUCGUGGAGAGUUUGGAUAGAUGCUUUCAGAAUGUGUGUGAGCUGGAUUUGAUCUUCCACUUUGACGAGGUUCACCACAUAUUGUCCGAAAUAAUUCAAGGAGGUAUGGUUCUGGAGACGAAUACAACAGAAAUUGUUGCGGCUAUCGAAGAGAUGAACAAGGCUAAAAAGAAGUCUGGGGGAGUAUCU